GAAAAAAAUAGGGGGGGAAAAAAAUGGUCCUCCAAGUUCUUAUUCACAUUCUUCUGUUACCAUGCCUUGUACUCAAUACAGCAGCAUCAAAAUUACCACCAGCUGCACCAGCUGCAUCACUGAUGGCGAAGAAAAGCUGUCUAUCGAGCUGCGGAAACAUCACCAUUCCGUUUCCUUUCGGAAUCGGAAAAGGGUGUUUCAUCGACGAAUGGUUUGAAGUUGUCUGCAAAAACAACGCUACUCUAGUGUUGAGUCGUGUCAAUCUGACGGUGAUCAGUAUUGAUAUUCGCCCUCGAUUUGGCUCACUUGAAGUGAAACUUCCGAUGCUCACUUUUCUGAACUGCGACACCGAACAAAGAAGUCCCAGCUUAGGAGGAAGCCCUUUUGAGUUCGACAGUAACUGGAACAAAUUCACUGCUGUGGGGCGUAGUGCGUUUGCAAGGAUGAGCUCAGAAUCAGACGACACAGGAACAAUUCUUGCCGGGUGCUCGUUGCAUUGCGGUACUAAUAGCGGUGGAGUUAACAGUGUGGAUCAUUGCCAGGCGUCAAUCCCCUCGAAACUGCAAUUCUUCAAGGCCAGUUUUACUUCCGAAAGAACCACAGAAACAUGCUACGCUUUCCUUGUGAACGACAUUUGGUUCUCACGAAGUGUCAAAAACAUUUCCGCUUUGAAUAAGAUGUCUGAAUUCCCCGUAGUGCUAAAUUGGAUAUUGUUGUACGCUGACAAAAUUUGUGCAUUGGGAAAAUCCGACGACUCCUUUCUUUCCAACAACGACUACUCAGCAAAAUAUCCGUUAAAACAACACAGAAGUGACCGUUGCUACAGGUACCCCAAUUUCGGCACUCCUUCUUCACCCGUCAAUCAGUCUCAGUUUGUACAUUGUAUUUGUGAGAAAGGCUUUGAAGGAAAUCCUUAUCUUGUCGACGGUUGUAAAGAUAUUGAUGAAUGCGUUCCUAGAGCUCGAGGUUCAAACGUGUGUCCAGGCAACAGCCGCUGUGAAAACAGAAAUGGGAGCUACGUAUGCAACCAUAAAGGGAAGAAGGCCCAAGGGGUCCUUGUAGGCCUUGGCAGUGCGGUUGGAGCAAUGUCAUUGCUUCUUGGAUCAUCGGGAUUAUACAAAGUUAUCAAAAAAAGAAUAAACUUCCAACGCGGGGAAAGGUUCUUCAAACGAAAUGGCGGUGAUCUAUUGCUACAACAAUUAUCUUUGAGUGAAGACAAUGUUGAGAACACGGUUGAAGUUAAUGUUGAGGACACGAGUGAAGUGAAAGUUGAGGACACGAGAGAAGUGAGAGUUGAGGACACGAGUGAAGUGAGAGUUCAGAAGACGAAGCUGUUCGAUUCAGAGGAGUUAGAGAAAGCAACUGACCGUUUUAAUAAAGACAGAGUUGUUGGCCAAGGAGGACGAGGCACAGUUUACAAGGGAAUGUUGUCGGAUGGGAGAACCGCUGCGAUAAAAAAAUCGAAAAUCGGGAACAAGAAAGAAUUCAUUGACGAGGUUGUUAAACUUUCUAAAGUUAACCACAGAAAUGUGGUUAAACUAUUAGGUUGUUGCUUGAAAACACAAGUGCCUCUUCUUGUCUACGAAGACGUGCCUAAUGGAACACUAUCUCAGUACAUUUGUGACGAGCAAGAGGGGGAGCUUUCGCUUACAUGGCAAAUACGUUUGCGAAUCGCGACAGAAGUAGCGGGAGCUCUUUCCUACUUGCACUCGUUGGCUUCACCGAUUUACCACAAAGACAUCACUUCUAGAAAUAUACUUCUAGAUGGCAAGUACAGACCAAAAGUUGGGGAUUUCGGAAUUUCAAGAUCAGUCGCCAUUGACCAGACGCAUUUGACCACUGCGGACACAUUUGUUUACUUGGAUCCAGACUACUUUCGAUCAAGAAAAUUUACGGACAAGAGCGACGUGUAUAGCUUUGGGGUUGUCCUUGUUGAGCUCUUGACGGGGCAAAAACCGAUUUCCAUCGAGAGGCCGGAAGAAACUGGAAGUCUAGCGGAGUAUUUCAUGCUGUCCAUCGAGGAGGGUAACCUGCUUGAUAUUGUUGAUGCUAGGGUGAAGGAGGAGGGAAAAGAAGAAGCAAUAACAGCAUUUGCUCUACUCGCCAAAAGAUGCUUGAAAUUCAGUAGAAGGAAAAGACCAACAAUGAAAGAAGUCGCAACUUCGUUGGGAGAUAUUCAAAAGUUAGAAGGGGAUUCUGGUGUUCGUCAAGAAGAAAAUCUUGAGGAAAAGUUAGAAGAGGAUUCUGGUGUUCAUCAAGAAGAAAAUCUUGAGGAAAAGUUAGAAGAGGAUUCUGGUGUUCAUGAUGAAGAAAAUCUCGAGUAGGAUGAAUGUGCGAGAGAGGUCUGCUGAUCAGCCUGGGGAUUCAUUUGGUAUCUCAAUACCACAGUGAUACAUUCGUCACCAAAUAAAUCUCAAGACUCUUUACGUAGUAGUACAAGCAGGUAAGGUUCUUUGUUGUGUGCCCGUAUUAGUGUCGUCGCCGUCGUCGUAGUCGUUGUUGUUGUGUGUAAGUUUGUAUGGACCAAUCUAAAUAAUUAUGUUGUUCAGCCGUAUUAUUUGUUACUCUCUUAAAUGUUACAAUUUGUCUGAGAGAAUCCGUGGCUUGUUGAAUGUAUUGAUUAGUAUUGUAUUUGAGCAUUUCUAUUUGUCCUGGACAUCAGCUUGUCACGAGCUUUAAAACAUUUCUUUCUCGACUUUUU